AUGCGCGAGGUGGAGAUCUACUUCGAAGGCCUCGACGCCGCCACAGUCGACGGCGACCACUGGCUCCGCGCGCCGCUCGACAUGCCCACCAUGCGCAUCCUCUCCGGCCUCCGCGAGCUCACCUCGCUCUGGCUGGACGUGACCCUGGGCAGCGCGCUCACCGACGGCGACUACGCGGAGCUCACGCGGUGGUGGCCGCACCUCCUCGGCUUCGACGUGAGCACCAUAUCGAUGCUGCGCCUGUCGGAGGGGCAGGAGCAGACGCCCGCCACCCUGCACACCCUCGUCCACUUCGCGGACAACUGCCCGCACCUCGAGCGCCUCUCCGUGCCGCUCAGCACCGAUCUCGAUCUCGACGAGGGCCCGCACAUAAAUCGCAAAAUGUACGGCAGGCGGACGCGAAAGCACCCGCUCGUGUCCCUCGAUGUGGGCGACUCUCCCUUAGAGCCUGGGUCCGAAAACGACAUCGUCUUGCUCCUGUGCAGUCUCUUCCCGGGCUUGCGGGACCCCGACUUCAGCAUCCUGCGCUUUGAGGGGGAUGAGCCUUGGAGCGCGGGGUGGCAGGGCGUCGAGAGCAGACUGAAUUUGCUCCGCCAAAUGGCUCGAUACGAGGAUAUAGAACGUCGCUUGGAGGACGGGACCUUGGUCCUCGACGAUAACUGA